AUGUCCAAGGGCAUCCUGCAGGUGCACCCUCCAAUCUGUGACUGUCCCGGCUGCCGAAUCUCCUCCCCCGUGAACCGGGGACGGCUAGCAGACAAGAGGACCAUUGCCCUGCCCUCUGCACGUGUCCUGAAGAAGGAGCCAGCCCCCAGCUUCCUGGCUAGUGAUGGCGUCAUUGAUGGGAGCAGCCCGGCCUGCAGGCGGCGGCUGGGUAUGAAGCGAGAGGACGAUCUACGCGUCAGUAUCAUGAAGAGAAGGGUCCACACCCACUGGGACGUGAACAUCUCCUUCCGAGAGACAUCCUGUAGCCAGGACAGUGACCUCUCCACCCUCAUAUCCAGUGUGCAUCGAAGCCGCCACCUCGUGAUGCCUGAGCCCCAGAGCCGUUGUGAAUUCCAGAGAGGCAGUACAGAACUGGGCCUGGGAGCCACAGGUGACCUGUUGGGUAAGAGACUGGGCCCGUCUCCCCACAUCAGCAUUGACUGCCCUUCGGAGAAGAAGGCCAGAAGCGAGUCCCCCGCAGAGACUCUGCUGUUGCCAGAAUUCCAGCCAGGCAUGGCCCCUGAAGAACACUAUCGGCGACUUGUGUCAGCACUGAGCGAGGCAGGCACCUUUGAGGACCCCCAGCGGCACUACCACCUGGGCUUGCCCAGCCACGAUCUCCUGAGGGUCCGGCAGGAGGUGGCAGCUGCAGCCGUGCGGAGCCCCAGUGGCCUGGAAGUCCACUUGCCCUCCUCCACUGCAGGUCAGCGUCGGAAGCAAGGCUUGGUCCAGCACCGGGAGAGCAUCACCUCAACAAUUACCCCAUCCUUUCCUGAAAGGGACCUGUCGCAGCCGCCCCCUCUGCUGUCGCCCCAGAAUGCCCCGCACAUCGCCCUGGGCCCCCACCUCAGGCCUCCCUUCCUGGGUGUGCCCUCGGCUCUGUGCCAGACCCCAGGUUACGGCUUCCUGCCCCCAGCCCAGGCGGAGAUGUUAGCUCGACAGCAGGAAUUGCUGCGGAAGCAGAAUCUGGCCCGGCUGGAGAUGUCAGCUGAGCUGCUGAGGCAGAAGGAACUGGAGAGUGUGCAUCGCCCGCAGCUGUUGGCGCCCGAGACUGCUCAGCGCCCGCCCGACGGCGCCGAAGAGUUGCAGCGACGCGGGGCCAUGCUGCUUCUGAGACACAGCUCGGCGCCACCGCUGCUGGCACUGCCUUCACAGGCGCCCCCUAACCCUCCCCGGGAGCCUACUCGCCGGGCCACCCGAAAAGGGGGGCCAGGCCUAACUCCAGCGCGGCCCAGUGAGUCCAAGGAAGCCGCCGGGGCCAGGCUCUGGGCACAGGACGGCUCUGAGGAUGAGCCCAAGGAUUCAGAUGGAGAGGACACAGAGGCGGUGACUCCGGGGGGCCAGGGCCCCACCCUUGGGCAAGCCUCAGCUGGAGGAGGGGCCAGUGCUGAGGGGAAGGGACUGCUCUCAGGACCCACACUGCCCUUGGGACUCCCCUACACCGUCAGCCCCUAUUUCCAUACAGGCACUGCAGGGGGACUCUUCUCAGAGCGGGAGGAGGCCACAGCCCCUGAGGACGUCAGCAAGUGGACCGUGGAUGAUGUGUGCAGCUUCGUGGGGGGCCUGGCUGGCUGUGGGGAGUAUGCCACGGUCUUCAGAGAACAGGGCAUCGACGGGGAGACUCUACCCCUGCUGACCGAGGAGCACCUGCUGACCACCAUGGGGCUGAAGCUGGGCCCUGCGCUCAAGAUCCGGGCCCAGGUGGCCAGGCGCCUGGGCCGAGUGUUCUACAUGGCCAGCUUCCCAGUGGCCCUGCCGCUGCAGCAGCCCUUGCAGGCCCCUGAGCGGGAGCUCACAGCUGAAGAGCAAUCCCCCUCCCCAGAAACAGCUGCCCCCAUCUAUAGCCAAGUCUCACCCCAGCAGGAGAAUGGGACCACCACUCUGCUUCCUGGGGCCGCAGCCGCUUCCCAGCCCCUGUGCUGA